CUGACCAGUAACAAAGCUACAACAACAGCAACUUCAUUUUGCUCUCUUAUAGUAUAUCACAAAGCAAAAACACAGUGCAAACCAGCUACUAAUCUAAUCUUGAAUCAAAUGGCGGAGAAAAGCUUCAAAUACGUGAUCGUCGGUGGUGGAGUCUCCGCAGGAUAUGCUGCUAGGGAGUUCGGCAAGCAAGGGGUCAAGCCAGGCGAAUUGGCAAUCAUCUCGAAGGAAGCAGUGGCUCCCUAUGAGCGUCCUGCUCUUAGCAAAGCUUAUCUUUUCCCUGAAGGAACUGCAAGACUUCCAGGAUUCCAUGUUUGUGUUGGAAGUGGAGGGGAGAGACUGCUUCCUGAGUGGUACAAGGAGAAAGGGAUAGAGUUGAUUCUCAGCACAGAAAUAAUCAAAGCAGAUCUUGCUGCCAAGACUCUCACAAGUGCAGCUGGAGAAACAUUCAAGUAUCAAAUUUUGAUUAUUGCAACCGGUUCGACUGUUAUAAGAUUGACUGAUUUUGGUGUCCAAGGAGCUGAUGCCAAAAAUAUCUUCUACUUGAGAGAAAUUGAUGAUGCCGAUAAGCUUGUAGAAGCAAUAAAAGCAAAGAAGAACGGAAAGGCUGUAAUUGUUGGAGGAGGAUACAUUGGUCUUGAACUUAGUGCUGCAUUGAAAAUUAACAAUAUGGAUGUUUCCAUGGUUUAUCCUGAACCAUGGUGCAUGCCUCGGCUUUUUACUGCUGGCAUUGCUGCUUUCUAUGAGGGUUACUAUGCUAAUAAAGGAAUCAAGAUUAUCAAGGGAACAGUUGCAGUUGGCUUUAAUGCAGAUUCAAAUGGAGAGGUAAAAGAAGUGAAACUUAAGGAUGGUAGGGUGUUGGAAGCUGACAUUGUUGUCGUCGGUGUUGGUGGAAGGCCGCUUACAACAUUAUUUAAAGGACAGGUUGCAGAGGAGAAAGGUGGAAUAAAGACUGAUGGGUUCUUCAAAACAAGCGUUCCCGAUGUGUAUGCUGUUGGCGAUGUUGCUACUUUUCCAAUGAAAUUGUACAAUGAGAUGAGAAGAGUUGAACACGUUGACCAUUCCCGCAAAUCAGCUGAGCAGGCCGUGAAGGCCAUUAAAGCAAGUGAGGAGGGGAAAACAAUUGAUGAGUAUGAUUACCUUCCAUACUUCUAUUCUCGUGCCUUCGAUCUAUCUUGGCAAUUCUAUGGCGACAAUGUUGGUGACACUGUACUCUUCGGAGACAGUGAUCCAAAAUCAUCAAAGCCGAAGUUUGGAACGUACUGGAUCAAAGAUGGAAAGGUCUUCGGAGCUUUUCUGGAAGGUGGAAGUCCUGAGGAAAACAAGGCUAUUGCUAAGGUUGCUAGAGUCCAGCCAUCUGUUGACAGUUUGGAUCAGCUGACAAAAGGUCUUUCCUUUGCCUGUAAGAUUUAAGAUUUUUCGUAUAAAGCGAAGUUCCUCUGCAUCCAUGGAAUUGCUCACGGAUGUUCCUUCUGCUCGUACCAUGGAUUGUUGCAUAAACUCUGGAGUUGUUUCUUCUGUUGAGACAGUGGAUUAUUAGCAUAAAAUUCUGCAGUUUACUACUCCUGAGGUGGUUUGUCUUGGAGUUUUAAAGUGCGUGCCUGUUCUUAAUUGGGAUGCUUGUAUCAUCCUGAUUGCGAAUAGAAUUUGGUGUUGUUGGGAUUGCUUUAUGAUAAACAUGUAGAGAAUUUAAUGAAAUUACAAGCUAUAUUUCCUUUU